AUGGGCUCCCACCCGCCGCGCCAGCUGCUGCUGCAGUUCGCCGCCGGGGCGUUCCAGGCGCAGAACUUGGAGCGGGCGGCCGAGCUGUGCGGCAGCCAGCUGCAGGUGGAUGCCCCGAGCCUGCUGCCCGAGUGGCAGGCGCUGCUCAAGCGGGCCGACGCGCUGGCCUACGGGGGCCGGCUCCACGAAGCCUUCCAGCUCUACCAGCUGGUCUCCCGCCACCAGCAGCUGCGGGCGGAGCAGCUGGAGAAGCUGGUGGAGUGCCUGGCGCAGGGCAUCCGGCUCCGAGAGCGGCUGCCCGCUUGCUGUAGCGGCGGGGGCAGCCUCCUGCAGCCCCGGGACUGGGACAUCUUCAGCUGUCGCAAAUGCCAGGGCUUCCUUUUCGAGCCCGUCUCUUUGCCUUGCGGACACACGUUUUGCAAAAAGUGCCUGGAGCGGGACAGGGCCUCCGAGUCCCACUGCGCCCUGUGCAAGGAAGAGGGGAGCCUGGCGGCCGGGCAGCACCUCCGCGUCAAUGUCAUCCUCAGCAACCUGCUGGCCAAGUGGUUCCCCGGACAAGUGAAGGCAUCGCAGCUCAGGCACGAAGGGAACCUCUUCUAUAAGGAGAAGAAGCUGCAAGCUGCCCUGCAGAAGUACAAUGAAGCAGUCAGCCUAGCUCCAAAUGACCAUUUAUUAUAUAGCAACCGGUCCCAGAUUAACUCUACUUUGAAAUCUUAUGAAGAUGCAUUGCAUGAUGCAGAAACAGCAUGCAGGCUCCAACCAUAUUGGUCAAAGGGUCACUUAAGGAAAGGACAAGCAUUGGCUAAUGUGGGGAAAAUAGAAGAAUCUUUAAGAGAGUUUCUAUUUUGCCUUGCCUUGGAUUUUGGGAACAGGACCGCCAAAUCAGAGGCUCAAAAGCUUCUACUUAGUUUAUUUUCACCCAUCCCGGGAAACGCUCAGGAACACUUACCCGAUAUCCUGCAGCUGUUGUCACCUCACUCUAGAUUGAAGGGGAACCUUCUAAAUUCAGUGGGAUCUGCAGACACCAGCCAUAACCUACAAAGGUUGCUCAAGGUAAAUGUGGAACAGAAAAAGAGUUUCCCUGCUCAGGAAGAACAAAAAAUGAGUGACUGUGGCAGUCUGAGAAAAUCCAUUCAAAUGAUAGAAAGUAAAAAAGGCUGCUCAGAAGAUGAGAACAAACAUGCCUCCGCCCCAGAGUCUGCCCUUCUCAUUUCUGAGAAAUGCAGCCUUCUGAAGAGAAAGCACUGCUCUGAGGAAAUGAGAAGUGCUGAGGUGCCCUGCAAACUCAUGAAGAAAGGUGCAAUUGAUGCCAAGGGAUCUAGUGCUGGGCGCCGCGUUUCAUUUGAAUUUGUGGACCCCUCUGACCUGGAUUGUUCUUUGUGUAUGAGGCUUUUUUAUGAACCUGUCACCACACCUUGUGGGCACACCUUCUGCCUGAAAUGUCUCGAAAGAUGCCUAGAUCACAACGCAAAAUGUCCCCUGUGCAAAGAAGGUCUCUCUGAGUGCUUGGCUCUGAGGAAAUAUUGCAAAACGGUACUGAUGGAGGCGUUAAUAGCGAAGUACCUUCCAGAGGAACUCACUGAGAGAAGGAAGAUUUAUGAAGAAGAAAUUGCAGAGCUUUCCAACUUAAAUAAGAAUGUUCCGAUCUUUGUCUGCACAAUGGCCUAUCCUACUGUCCCUUGCCCUCUGCACAUCUUUGAGCCAUGUUAUCGACUGAUGAUUCGAAGAUGCAUGGAGACUGGCACCAAACAAUUUGGAAUGUGUAUUGGUGAUCCUGUCAAGGGGUUUGCUGAUUAUGGCUGCAUUCUGGAGAUAAGAAACGUUGAAUUCUUUGCUGACGGUCGCUCUGUUGUAGACAGCAUUGGCAAGAGGAGGUUUAAGGUGAUAGAGCACAGCCAGCGUGAUGGAUACAACACAGCAGAUAUUGAGUACAUUGAGGAUCAGAAGGUGCAAGGAGAGAACUAUGUGGAGUUACUUGUUCUACAUGAUUCUGUAUAUGAUCAGGCUUAUAUGUGGUUUAACUCACUCAAACAACCACUCAAGAGUCGAAUUCUCAGUCAUUUUGGUCCAAUGCCAGCUAAGGAUCCUGACCCACAGGCUAGCCCCAAUGGCCCUGCGUGGUGCUGGUGGGUCCUUGCUGUCCUUCCCCUUGAGAGUAGAGCUCAGCUCCCGUUUCUUGCCAUGAAAUCUAUGAAAGACCGCUUGAAUGGCAUCAGACGGGUCCUUACAUUUAUGUCCCGUACAAGGUCACGAUGAUGCUGAGAACGAGCUGUGAAGCCUCUUGCAAUACUUGACUGUGGAGUUUCUCUUGUAACUAUAUCUAACUGCAAUAAUGUCUUACGGAUUUGUGUGUCAAAACAGGACAAGUUUGAAGUCUAACUUUCAAAGGAAAUAAAAUAUAAAGAGCCAAGGAUAUUUACAGAUCAUUCAGUAGUAUCCAUUUGGAUCUCUGAACUUUCUUGAGAUGAGUAUUCAAUUGCUGCACUGCUGGGCUAGUAUCAUCGGUGUUAUAUAACAGAACAAAGUGAUCUUGUUUGCCAUAAACUUUUUGAAAGUUUGAGGUGGGUUUUUUUUUGUAGUAGUAGAUAAAUGAAAUCUGUGCAGUUUAAUGUGAAACAGAAAUACUGAUAGUGUUAAAGCAUUAUUUCAAUGAACUGCAGAGUCUUUUAUUCCAAAUGGUUCAGGUUUAUAUAGCAUUGUAUAUUAUAAUGUCCACAACUUCUGUUUGAUCAUUUAUUUUUGCACUACAAUGUCUUUAUUUUGGUUUCCAAAUGUAUAUUGUAAUUAUUUAUGUGUACAUUCUCUACACAGAAAGUAAGCUGCUCUAUUUAUUUAUGGUGUCUUACCAUGUAUGAAUGACUUGGGGAAAAGAUAUUAGGAAUACAGAAGCUACUACUUUGAUCAUUUUUCAAUACAUUUGUGUUUGAGUACUUUGAAUGUUUUUCUACUAUCUCCAGUGUUCUAUAUUCUAAGAAGGAUUGCCCCCAACACAGCUAGCCAUGAAUACGCAGGCUUUGUCUGAAAUAAUUCAGUCAGUUGCUGGGUAGAGCUUGAUCCUACAAUCUUAACUUGGCCCCCAGUCAAGCAAAGCACUUCAGCAUAUGCUAAAGUGUUUUGUUGAUUUGGGGCUUUGGGUAAUAAACUUCAGUGGGGUUUGCCCAGAGAGAUGACUGAAGGAUCCAGCCAUUAAUUUUGCACAGAUAUAAAGAGUAGCACUACGCAGCAGCUUGCGGUGAAAUGUUGUAUUUGAAUUGCUAUGAGUAUCACAGCUACCUACAAACAGAAGGCAGGAGCUGAUUGGUGUGAGACGCAACCUUUCACCAAAGAGACCUAGAGAGAGGGGUAUUAUUUCACUUCAGGUUAUUAGAGAGAUUCUUUAUAUCAACCCUGUUAAAUGUUAAGAUCCUGUUAUGUUUGUAAUUAAUAUUAUGAUUUGAUUUGUGCUAUGAAGGGCUCCAGGAGGGCUCACGAGAAGGAAGGUAUUUUAAUAAACUUUCUAUU